AACACUAAUCACAUGGCAAAGACCAUGCGUUUGUUCUCAAUUGUUUUUCUUCUCCUUGUGUUGCUACUACUCAAUGAUAUGGAUUCAAAGAUGGUGAUGGCGCAGAGAGGAGGAGGAGGCCGAGGUGAAGGCGGGGGUGAAGGCAGGGGUGGAGGCGGAGGUGAAGGCGGAGGAGAAGGCAGGGGUGGAGGCGGAGGAGAAGGCGGGGGUGGAGGAGAAGGUGGAGGCGAAGGCGGAGGUGAAGGUGGAGGUGGAGGCGGGGGAGAAGGUGGCGGCGGAGGAGGGGGAGAAGGUGGAGGAGGAGGCGGGGGAGAAGGUGGAGGAGGAGGCGGGGGAGAAGGUGGAGGAGGAGGCGGUGGGGAAGGCGGAGGCGGAGGCGGUGGAAGAGGAAGGAAGUGUCUGAUUCUAAGCCAUAAGUUUAGAGGAAGGUGCUUUAACACCCAUAAUUGUGCGGUGGCUUGCAAAUAUGAAGGUUUUAUGGGCGGUAGAUGCAAAGGGUUCCGUCAUCGCUGCUUUUGCUUUAAGAGAUGUACUUAAUUGUUUAUUAGUUAUCAUACUCAUAAUAUAAUCAAGAUUAAUCAUUAUUAAUAAUAAUU